GGCCGGUCAGUUGGUGGCUGAGAGAAAAGGCAGAAAAGUGCACUCGACAAGAAGACUCAGAGGGGACAGAAGGUGCGACAAGCCAGAGGGGAGAGAGAGAGAGAGAGAGAUAGAGACAGAGACAGAGAGAGAGAGGGAGGAAGGGGACGCAUAAUGAGAGAAGAAGAAGAGCCCCAUUCCAGCUGUGUUUCUAAAACAAACAGAGCCGUGAGAACUUCUUCAUAUUGAAGAAUUUUCAGCUGCAGGCCAAGGGAACAAAUAUUUACCUCUGACAUUUUUUGAUCGACUUUGGCUGUUUAUUUUUAAUCAGGAUUUCAUUCAAACAAAACAUCUUGUUGUUAGUGUUGCUCGGACAGAAAUAGGUCCAAGUUUCAUUUGGAUAUUUUUUUUGGCCAUUCUUCAGGAGCCUCUUUUCAGCUUGUUGUUUUAAACAUGAGCACAGAAAACUCGACUCUUCUGGACAGCUUGUUCUUUGCUCCUCUUUGCGAUGGCUGGACCAACAACACAGAGGGAGCCAUCUACCACUUGGGAAACACCAUGGUCUUCCUCGGCUACAUGGGAGGCAGCGGGGCCUACGGGUGCCUCUUCAUCUUCGGCUUCCUCACCCCAGCCUUCCUGUGCUUGACCGUGUGGGGCUGGAUCACCAUGUGCGGCCUGGACGUCUUCACCUGGAACCUGCUCCUGCUGCUGGCCUGCCUGGCUCAGAUCUGCCACCUCCUCUGCCGGCUGCAGCAGGAGGGCAUACCCAGGGAGGAGCUGUCCUCCCUCUACCAGGCGGUGUACCUGCCGCUGGGCGUCCCCGUCCAGGUGUUCAAGGACAUCGCGGGUGCCUUUGAGAACAGGGUGGUGGAGCUGAAGGCGGGAGAGACGUACGCAGUGGAGGGAAAGACAUCAAUCGACCAGCUCUCCUUUCUGCUGUCUGGGAGGAUCAACGUAUCUCUGGAGGGUCAGUUCCUGCACUACAUCCAACGCCACCAGUUCCUCGACUCUCCGGAGUGGGAGUCUCUGAGACCAAAUGAGGAGGGACAGUUUCAGGUGACCCUAACAGCGGAAGAAGACUCCCGCUACAUCUCUUGGCGUCGCCGUCGUCUGUACAUGCUGAUAUCAAAGGAGCGCUACAUCGCUCGUCUCUUCUCCCUCAUGCUGGGCUACGACCUCGCCGAGAAGCUCUACAACCUCAACAACAAGCUCUACAUCAAGACCGGCGUGCUGCUAGACAUCCGCCUGCCCAGCCUCUACCACGUGCUGGUCCCCUCCUCGCAGGGCAGCGAGGGCGGCAGUGGCAGCGACAGCGGCUUCAACAAGGAGCACCGGGGCGAUGAUCCAGCACCAGCCUACCACACGUUGGAUCCAGUUCAGUUUCAGCCUCAGGGACCAAGAAAGACCACCCAGGAUGACACCAAGGCCCCCCAGCAUGACCGUCACCAGCACCCGUGGGCAUCAGACCCGGACCUGCCCUCUGGAGAUGACAGCGACAGACAUGUUCCACCUCGUUUCCAGAGAGGCAGAGCGCCGCUGGCUCCCACCGACACUCCCAAACUGUGAGGACAGUCUCUCCUGGAAACACUUUAACUACUUUAUUAUUUACAGCUUAGCAGUAUGAAUGUCUCACAUGUCACCUGUGAUCUGUGUGUCUCUCCCUGUUCUCACCUGAGUUCAUCUCCUCUUGGACAUGGCCUCUUUCUAUUCUUUAUUUACAUUUGUUUUUUGUAAAAGGAAAGCCAUUACGAUAUGAUUAAUAAAUCAGUACAAGGAGCCAAUAUUUGCCACUUUAUAAACUGAAAUAAGGACAAAUCAAAAGGCCAAAUUUACGAUUAUAAAGCCUUUAAUCAACCUUUUGGCCACCUCAAGAAACUGUGAUCUGCCUCAAAAAAUCAGUUUCUUUCUCUGAAGGAUCGGGGAACUCACUUCAUUUAGUUAAUCAGAUAUGAACUCACAUUUCUAUGAUGUGUUUCUGUUGUUGUCGUUGUCAUGGAGAAACAUCUGUCCAAUUAAAGACAGAUAUUGUAACUUCCAGAUGUAUAAUAUGACGUUAAAGGUCUGCCAAAAGUAAGUCAAGUCACCACUGAGGACAACCUUCACCUUGUUACUUACAGUCACAGAAUAUGUCCAAAAUGUAAAAAAAAAAAAAAAAAUUAGGGCUGCACAAAAUCUGAACAAAGCUGACUUUGCGAUAUCUUCUCUUUCUGAUUUAGGUACAAAAAAAAAGAACUCCGCUCCGUUCAUUCUCUCUUCAGGGCUGGAAGUUUAUAUGCCUGAAUCAAUCCUGAGGUGUUUCAGGGUUUGAAGUGUUUGUUGUCUAAGACGGAGCUUCACAGUUUCUCAUUUUCAGCAUGACACUUUCUGCAUUAGUCGGACACUCUUUUACAUCUUUGGGGAAAUGUUAGAUGCCUGUAGAUCAUGUUUUUUGUACAUUUUUGAUUGAGAGUUUAAUACACACCUGUAUACUGUGAAAUACAUUCAUUGCCUGUUAUUUACUUCUUUUUGAGUGAAAUGAGAUUGAAAUGUACAAAAUCCAAAUUGUUUAAAAUAUUUCAAUGGGGCCAAGAUUUCUCCAUAAACUGAGUGUGUGCAGUGGA